AUGGAAGAAUUUUUUAAGCUAUUGCUAAGUAAAAGAAGAACAAGACAGCUAUCCUCCGAUAGUUCUCUAGAUACCUCGCCAGAACCAAAGAAACUUAAAGAGUGUGAUAGUUCUAAUUCUUCCGAAGGCGAACGCGAAGAAGAAGGUGACGAUAUUAUUCUAUCUGCUCUGAACAUGGCUGAAGGCCUUCAAAAACCACUGCAAGAUAUUCUUAAGGAGCUUGAAAAGCUGGAUGCCAUCGAAGAAGCAGUGAAUAACCUCGGGAAGUCUUUCGGGAAGUUAGAAGGAAGAAUACAUACUCUCGAAGAUGCGUACGCUACCACCAAGCGUGAUGUUGAAGAUCUUAAGGAAAGUUUAAACGCAAACGAAACAGAUAAAAAGACGACAUCCGAGAGAAUACAAAAGCUCGAAGACAGCACAAAAUCGAGCCUAGCGGCCCUACAGAAAGAGAAUGAUGAACUCCGUGCCAAUUUUAAACUGAUCGAGGAUAAGAACUUAUAUCUGGAAGCAUAUUCUAGGCGCGAAAACAUUAAGUUUGAAAACAUUCCAGAACAAGAAACGAACAAAGAGGACACGGAGAUGGCGCUGCGCACCUUUCUGGAAACGGAAUUGGGUUUU